AUUGUAUUCUUGUUUUUCUAAUUAAAGAUAAAGAAAAUAUAUAUAAUCACGUGGUAAAAAGUCACUUAUUUGGUUAAAAAGAAAUAAGUACAAAGUAGUGUAAGAUGAAGUAACAUAAAAUAUAUGUGUGUGUCAAUGAAGCAUGAUAUAAAUUUGAAGAUAUUCGAAGAACAUAAUUAAAGAAAAAAGAAGGAUCGCUGUAUGUUGUUAAUAGAUCUUCAUAAUAUUGAGCAUCAUUCAUUCAAUGGAAUAGUGAGAUCUUUUUUAAUAAUCAUCUUUAGGCAAAAAAGAAAAGACAGAACAAGGAUAGAACAAUGAUAAGGUUAUAUCAGUGUACGUUUUAUCAAAUUUGACAUAAAUUCAGCGUAUUAAUAAUACGAAAAUUAUAAUUGGAACGAAAUAAAUUGAAAGAAGAAAAUCAAGCGCGACGAAAUUAUUGAAGACUAUAUUUUAAUCGGUAUGCCGUGGAGUCAUAAAAAUGUGAUAUUCGCGAGAAUUGGUUCCGCCCUAUUUUAUGGGUUGUCUUCAUUUAUGAUCACAGUUGUAAAUAAGACUGUGUUAACGUCAUUUGAAUUUCCUUCGUUUCAAUUGCUUGGUAUAGGACAAAUGGUGGCUACUAUCGUAUUACUUUUCACAGCAAAAAAGUUGCGUUAUAUUGAAUUUCCUAACCUAGAACGAGCAACGUGUAUCAAGAUAUGGCCAUUGCCCAUCAUUUACAUCGGUAACAUGAUAUUUGGAUUAGGUGGUACUAAACAACUUAGCCUUCCAAUGUUUACCGCCCUUAGACGAUUUAGUAUCCUUAUGACGAUGAUCGCCGAAUAUUAUAUUCUCGGAAUAAAAGCGCGUAUUUCUGUUCAAUUGAGUGUAUACACAAUGAUUCUCGGAGCUGUAGUAGCGGCAUUAAACGAUCUUGCUUUUAAUGCGGAGGGCUAUCUUUUUAUCCUGUUAAACGACUUUUUCACGGCCGCCAAUGGUGUCUACAUGAAGAAGAAGUUGGAUUCGAAGGAACUAGGAAAAUAUGGACUAAUGUAUUAUAAUUCAUUAUUUAUGAUUAUCCCAGCGAUUAGUAUUGCGUGUUGGAUGGGAGAUAUGCAUUCAAUCUUAGAAUUUCCAUAUUGGGAUAAUAUGUUUUUCCUUGUACAGUUUGGACUUUCAUGUAUUAUGGGUUUUAUACUAUCCUAUAGCAUGAUUCUUUGUACACUUUAUAAUUCUGCGUUAACUACUACAAUAAUUGGAUGUUUAAAAAAUAUAUGUGUUACAUAUCUUGGAAUGAUCAUUGGUGGUGAUUAUAUCUUUACAUGGUUAAAUUUCAUAGGAUUGAAUUUAAGCGUUGUCGGUAGUUUAGUAUAUACUUGGGUAACGUUUCGAAGAAAGGAAUCAACUGAAUCAAAAUAUUCUCUCCUUUCUGACGAACAAACAAAUAAAGUGCAAGCUGUAUGAUCAAUAUAAAUGAAAUCGUGCCAUGUAACUAUCUCAAUCUCAUCUUUUUACAAUAAUUUUUAUCUUUUCUCCUUUUCUUUCCCAAUCUUUUGUGUUUUUCCAUUUUUUCUUACUAGCCAUUUAAUUUGUGUCUGUACUCAAAAUGAUUAUGCUGUUGGAAAUUAGAAAAGGAGCAAAAUGAAAAUAUGAAAAGAGCAACAAUGGAACAAAGCAAAUAUCAUAAAUAAUUAUAAGUAAAUAUAAUAUAUCCUACGUACCAAAGCGAUAAUAACGUUACCAAAUAAGAUAUGAAUAUGCUAAUAGUUAUUUCAGUAACAUAGCGAUGUAAAAUACAACUUGUACAUAUAUAUAUAUUUCAAAGCUGCAAUAUAUCAAUAAUGCACGUGUAUAGAACUAUUUUAGCGAAAUAAAUUUAAUUUGUAAAGAAA